AUGGCUUCCGCAUCGGCGCAGGGAACAACAGAGGCCGUGGAGCAUGUUGCAGCUUCGACCGCAGCAGCCAGUUCAUCUUUCUUGGAUCGCGUGACGGCUUGGUAUCAGGACAACAAGGUCGUCGCAUGGACAAUUGCUGGUGUCACAGUUGUAGCAGCUGGCGGGUCGAUAUACUAUCUCAGUUCCUCGCCUACAGGAGCAUCAGAAGCCGACAAGAAGCCCAAGAAGCGAAAAGCGAAGAAGACCGGCGAGAAAGCUCCAGAAUCGAAAACCGAGCCCGCAACUGCACCAAAAGCAGCCGCCGUAGAAGAGCCAGAAGAACUUCCUCAGGUCACAGCCGAGUCGGUGGCAUCGCUGACAGAACAACAGCGGAAAGAGUACGCGGCCAAGCUGAAGGCCGCAGGAAACAAGGCCUACGGCAGCAAAGAGUACAACCGCGCCAUCGACCUCUACACACAAGCCAUCCUCUGCAAGGCUGAUCCUGUUUUCUACUCGAACCGUGCUGCCUGCUACAAUGCUAUGAGCGACUGGGCGAAGGUUAUCGAGGACACUACUGCUGCCAUCAACCUCGACAACGAAUACGUCAAGGCCUUGAACCGGAGAGCAAACGCCUAUGAGCAGGAGGAGCGUUACAGCGAAGCGCUUCUCGAUUACACUGCCAGCUGCAUCCUCGAUCAGUUCCGCAAUGAUACCGCUGCACAGGCCGUGGAACGAUUGCUCAAGAAGGUCGCCGAGAGCAAGGCCAAGAAGAUUAUGGAAGGGAAGGAGAAGAGGUUGCCAUCGCCUACCUUCGUGAGCAACUACUUGCAGUCCUUCCGCCAGAAGCCUCUACCCGAAGGUCUCGAAGAGACUGCCGACCUGCCAGAAGGCAGCGGCAAGUGGCACCUCCGCAAGGGUCUCUUGGCUCUUAGACAUCGGACCGGCGAGGGCUAUGCGGAGGCUGCAGAGAGCUUCGACAAGGCCAUCGAACAGAACAGCCUGGACAAGCAUGAAGCGCAAGCCUACAACAUGCGCGGUACUUUCCGCUACCUGAAGGGUGACAACGACGCAGCGUUGCAGGAUCUCAACAAGUCAGUAGAAUUGGACCCAACGCUCGUUCAGAGCUACGUGAAGCGCGCCAGCAUGCAUCUCGAGCAAAGUAAGUCUCAAUCUUUCAAGUAACCCACCAGAGCACGUCUAACUUGCCGCGUAGGUGCCCGCGAUCUGGCAGCGGAAGACUUCGGACAGGCCGCGAAACACAACCCUGACGAUCCUGACAUCUACUACCAUCGCGCCCAGCUCCACUUCAUCCUCUCCGAAUUCAACUCUGCCGCGACCGACUACCAAAAAUCAAUCGAUCUCGACAAAGACUUUAUCUUCUCGCACAUCCAGCUGGGUGUGACACAGUACAAGAUGGGAUCGAUAGCGAGCAGCAUGGCUACCUUUAGAAGGUGCAUCAAGAAUUUUGGCGACAAGAGCGACGUGUACAAUUACUACGGCGAGCUACUUCUCGAUCAGCAGAAGUACUCCGAGGCAGUCGAGAAGUUCGAGACCGCGGUGGAGAUGGAGAAGAAGAACAUUGGGGAGCGUGGAGGUGGCAUGAACGUUCUGCCACUUAUCAACAAGGCGCUGGCUUUGUUCCAGUGGAAGCAAGACUUCAGCGCCGCAGAAGAUCUGUGCCAGAAGGCACUUGUCCGUAAGUUAUCAUCUACCCCGAGAUGUCAAAACCAAGCUAAUUGUUUCACGCAGUCGAUCCAGAAUGCGAUAUCGCUGUCGCCACUAUGGCUCAGCUGCUUCUGCAACAGGGCAAGGUCACGGAAGCUCUCAAGUACUUCGAACGUGCUGCUGAGCUGUCAAGAACCGAAGGCGAGAUUGUCAAUGCGCUGUCGUACGCAGAAGCGACGCGGACACAGCUUGAGGUUCAGGAGAAGUAUCCCCAGCUAGCCGCAAGGCUAUCGGGAAUGGGUGCAGGCAUGACGGGCCCGCCUGGCAUGAGAUAA